GCCAUGUUUAGUUUCGAUCUCCGAAGUUUUGCGCUCAUCGUCAUAUAAACCGCUACAUUUUUAUACUGACUGCUGAAAGAGUAAAUAAUACGCAUCUGUCCGACCGAUCUCGUACUCUUCGUCUUUGCCUGCGACUCAUUUAUUCGCUGCAUCCACAUGCUGUUUUAACGCCCUUGCUGAGAGAUCCGAACGACGCAGAGACGCGAACGAAAGAAAGACGAAGAGAGAGAGAAAGAGACAUUUUGUUUGUCGUCGCGUUUGACCGUCGUUCCGCCGAUCUCGUUCCGAGACGGAACGUCGGAGCGACGCGAAUCCGUGACACCUUUGGAUUCUCCAACUCCAAGAGAACGCGAGAUUUUUCGUUCUCCUUCGUCCCGUAUAUGUUCUUCAAUCUCUCGGCAAGAGUCGCGAAACAUUGCGAAAAAAAAUCCGCUCCGUCGUUCCCUAUCUCUGUUGCUCUCGGGGAUACUAAAAACGUUCGUCGUUAUUUGGAGAAAGAGAGAGAGAGAGAAAGGAAAGAAAGAGAACCAACGUUAUUGUCGUAAAAGAGAAUCGUGCCUUCGUACGGUUAAAAUCGCAGAAGUGAAAGCAUCGUUAAAUUUUCGGGGAAAGGGGUGAAAAAAAAGACUUCUCGCCCGAGAGAAAGAGCCGCUUUCUUCUUCUUUCUCUCGAUCCCCUCCUCCUCUUCCUCCGCUCUUCUUCCCUUCUUUUCGUCUCAUUUUCCGGCGAGUUUUCGAGUACGCAAGCGCGAGCGCGUUCUCAUUUUCAGCGCGUCGCACUUCCGUUUCGGGCACGUCGCGCGCGCAACGACGUCACACUCAGGCACACAAAACGGACGACGGCGGGGGGCAAGGCAGACAGGCAGGCGAGCAAGGCAGAAAGAGAGAGAGAGAGAGAGAGAGACAGGGUGGGUAGGUAAAAAGAUAAUCGCUUCGGGAGAGAGAGACGCCCACGACGAUCGCUGGGUCAGCCGUAUGCCACGUCAGCCAGAAUGACGUCGUUCUCGCGACUGCGAGAAAAGGAGGCUCGUGCGAUCUGACGGUACUCCAAUUUUCCACGCGCGACACAUUGAUCCAGAGAGAGAGAGAGAGAGAGAGAAAGAGAAAGAGAGGGCCACGCGAGGGGGCGAAACGAUAUCGCUAGUGAAAACAAAAAAAUAAAGGGAGAUCGGUAUCAUCCCGUCUUCGAUGAGAGGGCGACAGAGAAAGGGAGGAAACCGAGGGUAGGAAAGCCAGCCGAGAAAAGUGUACAGUAUAUCCGCGUUUAUUCAGUUCGAAUAAGGAGAGAGAGGCUCGCUCUUUAAAAAAAAAAAAAAAACACAAGUCCGCCGAGCCUGUCAAUAAUAUUCGCGAAAAGUCUUUUGUGAUGAAAAUGCAUAACAAAGCGAGCCCCCUGUAGAGACAGAGAAAAAGGGAAGAGAGAACGCAUUAUAUAAGUGUCCGCGGUGACACACAAAGUAUCGUUUUUGAAAAAGAGAGAGAGAGAAAGAGAGAAAGAUAGAGAUAGAGAUACGACGGAGAAAGGGAGAAAGAAAGACAAAAUAGUUUCUUUUCCAGUUUCAUAUGUGGAGCGCUUAUUAAGCUCUCCCAAAUGCUAGCAUUCGGUCGACGCGAUUAUAUUCCGUCAGAGCAAAGACCUGUCGAGUGUGGUCGGGCAAAUCGAUCGUAUGAUCCGCCGAUCGGACGGCCGCAGUGCUGAUAUAUAGGAAUUUCGGUACUUCACUCCGGGGUACCACCGAGAGCGCAUACGCACAGAUCGAGACUCGAUCUGCGAAAAUGGCAGUAGAGAGUGUUUCCGCGGCUGAGACUCUGAUCCAAAGCAACGAUAACGAUUUGGAAGAUGGAGAAAUUCCAUCAGAUGAAGAUGAUGAACCAGUUAACUCUGCAACAAAUGAUGUGCCAGCAGAGGUUGCCAAGCCAACACCAAAGCCAGAUACUGCAAAAACUAAGAAUUUUGAUGCAAAAUUCAACAAGAACAAAAAAUCGCAAGGUGCACAAGCAGCUGGUAAGCAUGAGCGAUUUUUGAAAUAUAAGGGACCGACUGAAGACUGGGCUGGAGAUGUGGAAAAAGCUAUUAAAGCUGCGAUGGAGGAGGAUGGAGGAAAGAGUCAAGAAUCGAAGCCGAAAAGCAAAAACAACAGAAACAAAGUCAGGAAAAGAAUGCGCGAUGAGAGAGAAGAAGAUCGUGCUAAAGAUCAGAAGAAACGAAAAUUGAGUGAUGAUGAGAACACGAAUGAGGAUGAAGAUGAAAUGCUGUUUGUACGAGGAGCUUCGCCCAUCAGGAAGGAUUCUCAAGAGAAUAAUUCUCCCAGGCGUACAAAUGAGCAUGAGAAUUUUGACAACAAUUCGGAUUAUGAGGAAAGACCCAAUAUAAAUCGACAUAGAGAAAAUGACAGCAAACGCAGCGCUGGACGUGGAGGAGGAGGUGGAGGAGGUGGUGGUGGAGGUGGAGGAGGACGUCGUGGUGGCAAAAACGAACGUGGUAAGAAUAAGACGCGGGGUCAAACGCGAAAUGAUCGAAAUAAUCGUCGUCAGCAGAACAAUGAUCAUGGACAAGAUCAAUCGGACACAAUUUGCGUAUAUUACAUGCAAGGAAAGUGUCACAGAGGAGAUGAUUGUCCAUAUUCACAUAACGCUUUGCCACCCAGAAAGAUGGAAUUGUGCAAAUUCUACCUUAUGGAUUGUUGUGCAAAACGAGACAAGUGCCUCUAUAUGCAUCAUGAUUUUCCUUGCAAGUUCUUCCACACAGGUUUAAAGUGCAGUCAGGGUGAUAAUUGUAAAUUUUCUCAUCAGCCUUUAAACGAACAGAUAAAAGGUAUUCUUUUGAAACAUUUGGAAACUGCACCAAAGGAAAUUCUUGGUGAUUUUCCAAGAUUAAGUAGAGAAGGUGCAGUAAUAAUGAUAAAUAAUACAGCACGUUCUCUAGCACAAGGACAAGAUGUAACAAAUCAAAAGAUUCCUAGUCUCUUUGAAUUGAAUUUAUCAGCACCCGUGGAAAAGGCUGAUGAAAAAGAUGAAAAAGAAGAACAAAUAAAUCAGCAAAAAACUAAUAUGAGGGAUAGAAAACCUUCUGGAAAAAAGACGCGAUGGGGAUCAGAUGAAGACAGAGUUCCUUACGAGCAAAUUAUGCUAAUGCAGUCAGCUAAUGAACUUGGUCUUCAACUUCCGAACGCGGCAUUAGGUUUAGCCACUCAACAAACACAAAUUGCUGCACCGCCUGUAGAUUUCUAUAGCGAAAGAACUGCAGAAUCAAAUAAAACUGUUGAAAAAACAAAAGAAGAUCAUGUGAAGACCGUAGAAGAAACAAAUAUAUCAGAUGAGUUGAGAAAGAGGAAAGAUAUUGACUUGAGGCAGUUAUUGAAUGCAAAAAAACCGCCACCACUUGUAUAUAGUAUAGCUGAUAAAGUGGCAAAUCUUACUAAAAAUAAACUUGACGACGAAAGUGAUCAAGAUGAGGAAUCGGAGCUUAUUAUUGAAGUGCCAACUGAAGAUGAGGAUAAAGAAAAGGGAAAGCUCCAUAGUAGCGAACAAAGCGAACAUCUCAUUUCUUCAUGUAUAGAAGUUCACGAAGCAAUGCCGCCCCGCUUACCAAAGAAGGCGCAAGAAUUGUUUAUGCGGAUACAGCAGCAGCAACGCGCGGCUCAGGACAGUUUAAAAAACAUGGAUAAUGAUUCCGAUGCACUUAAUACCGAUCAAAUAAUCGAAGAUUGGUAUUCGGAUGACGAAGAUGACGACGACGAUGACGACGAGGGAGGUAAUCUUACCAUAGUGGAUAGUUCGAAAGACGAUAUUGAAUCCAUCGAGAAGACUCAGAAUGUCGUUAUCAAAGAGAACUUCCAAUCUGCGACAUCCAACAUACCUCAGCCGGCCGCUAUUGUGGACAAAUUAGGUGACUUGAGCAAGAUUGACAUCAGUGCCGAGGUAUCCAAGUUGCUAUCUACUCUGAAGGCUCAGAGCUCCACGAACAACAAGACGCAACAAGCGGCAAACUCGAAUCAAGACGCGAAGGUUAAAUCGGUGCAAGAUACAAAGACAGAUAACGAGACAUCAUCGAGUCCGAGGCGGUCACCGGGCCCGAGUUCAUUAACAAUGUCUGUAUCUAGAGAUCCACGAAUGUCUCGGGAUCCCAGACAACGUCGAGAAGUUGAGCAGAAACCGAGCAGCCCUAGCAUAUCUUCUGAUGUGAAGAGAGAGCAGAAACCUCUUAGGCUAGAAACGAGCAUCUACAGUUCCGGUAUUACUUCGGUGGACGCUAACAUGGAUACCGAUCUUCGCACGAGAGCAGAUCAAGAUCUCAGACGACAAGACAUGGAUUUCCGACAACGUUUCCAGUCUGGUGAUUUUGGUGAUACAGAUUUGCGUGUUAAAUCCGAUGUUGAUCUGCGGCAGAUACUGAGCCUGCCGUUCAAACCGGCACCUGCGCAUAUACCAUGCACUGAGAUCGACGCAAGUAUCGCUUCGCAUCCACCGAUGGCAUACAAAGUCUAUAUAGUCGAUAUACCCAGACCGGAUUACACUGGCCUCAAGCUAACGAGGAAUGAUGCACAGGUCAAAUAUGAUCCGCGCCUCCGUAAAAUCUUCCGUAUCACCAAGCCUGAGCAACUAGCCGACUCGCCAAUGUCGCCACCGCCACAGGCUAAGCAAGAGACACCAAAAUCGCCGCCACAAUGUGUUCGUUCAGAUCCACGACGAAAAACUCUCGAAGCAGCAGCUUCCAAUCAACAAUCUUCGCAGAAUGCGACCAAUGCUGCGAUGAUGGCUAAAGGGAUGCAACCAAUGGAGACAAUGGGAGCCAACAUGGGUCUUGGUCCCGCCAGCAUGCAAGUAAGACCUGGUAUGUCUGGCGGUCCACUACCUGGUGGCAUUCCAGGUCCACCUCAAAGUAUGAUAGGUCCGAUGGGCCCAAACCAUCCAAUGAGCAUGGGCAACAUGGGUCCAAUGAGGCCUAUGAUGAACGCUGGGCCGAUGCCACCGCAAAACAUACCGCCAAUGGGCAUGCCACAUGGUCCGUCGAUGGGUAUGAAUGGACCUGUUCCGAUGCCACCUCAAAGUCAGAUGAAUUUCGAUCCACGUUUCAACGCGCAGCGUAAUAAUGGGGCUGGAUUGUUGGGUCCUGGGCCGGGUACCUUUGGACCGGAUAAUUAUGAAGGAGGACCGCCUUAUCCUUGCAGUGGCAAUUUCAAUAAUUUUGGAGGUCCCAGUGGUGGUAGCAGUGAUCCGUUCGGUCCGAAUGGAUCAAAUGGACCCAAUUUUGGUCCGAUGAGUAGUGACGACUGGGGCAGUAGGCAACGCGGUGGCCGUGUUCGCCGGAGAAAUCGCAGUAGGACAAAUAUGGUGACCAAUAAUUAAAAGAUGUAU